UGGGACUGUUUGGUGUUUACAUUGGGCGACGGGAGAGUGGCAGUGAUUACGAGAGAUUGCCCACAAAAGUUAUUAAGGAUGUCAAAGGGUUAUUAAUACAGGGAAGAAGAGACUAAGGAAGCACUAAUAGAGGAAGAAGAGCAGAAAGAGAACCAGGACAAGAGACAAGAGAAGCAAUACAGAGCAAGAGCAAGCAGAAGAGAAGAGGAGUGAGCAGAGAUGGCGGGGGGCGGGGCGGCCACCACACACCUCACCUGUAUUCCCUCACCCUUGCUGAGUAAGUUUGUCCACCACGUGAUUGAUGGCCUGUGUGGCGGUGCAGCGGCCAGUCAUGCGCUCUUCCCAGACUGUCCCCUCGACGCAUUCUGGCUGGCAGGCCGGGAGGUGGCUGGCCUGGCACGAGACGUCACUGCUGGCAGACUCACAAGGGACCAGGCCUGUGCUCAGCUGUCCCCACUUGGCCAGGAAGGAGCAGCCAGUGUGUGUGAGGCAGUGAAUGCAAGGAGAGAGGAGAUUAGGGAGGCCAUGGUGAGGGAGGCGCUGACAUCCACCCGGCGACUCACAGAUUUUGACUGGAAUGUUAAGGUAGCAAUGUCAAGCAGCACAGUUCUGGACCUCAAGCAGCCUUUAGUCACCCUGCGCCUCCACACAGCCUCCCCCCACGACCACCAGAGAGACACUGUGGUGGAGAUGACAGCAGCUGAGGUCGACUCCUUGCUGGCGACACUGAGGGAGGCACAGCUUCUAACACAACGAACAAGGCUUCACGAAGGUUCAAAGCAGUUCAUAUUUAGACGCCGCUGCCAGUUUCCUUUGAUGUGUGUGAGGAGGAGGAAGUCUCGAGAGAAGGAGGAAGAGAAGAUUUAUAAAGAGACGUAUUUGCCAACAGCCGGACUAAGGUGGUAUGAAGUGUGUAGAGACGAGUGUAUAGGGAGGAGAGAAAGACAUGAGGGAAGAUUUAUGGAUGCAGUGAAAGAUAUGCUUGUAAUGGAGUGACUAAGGAAUGCGCAGAAGAAAAAGAAUAAGAACAGUAAAUGAAUAGUAAGUUUUAAUGCAGUCACGAGGGAGUUGGUAACAUCUGUGGCAGCUUGAAGGCUCGCCCACACCAAUGCUACUCACUAACUAAGCAAGAUUUGGUAAUAACUCGUGCAUUGAAGAGAUAAAUUGUGUGUGAUCCACCUACAGUCGUCUGCUGGUCACCCAGUCAGUCGUUCCCCUACGGAAAGAGCUCACAGCUCAUGGUGACCGAUCUUUUGGUAAGACUGAGACCACUGACACACCACACACCGGGUCAGCGAGGUCUCAACCCCUCGGUGACAUCCCGUACAUACUUGCUGCUAGGUGAACAGAGGCUACACAUUAAGAGGCUCGUCCACUUGCCUCGCCGCGUCCGGGAUUCGAACC